GAGUUUCCAUAUUUGGUUUGAUCUAUGUCAAGAAUAGUCAACGUCAUCCGUUCUUAUUAGGUCCUCUAUCUAAAUCCCCAUAAAGGUGGAGUAAAAAAGAAAAGCAAGAAGCUUCUCCAUUAUCAUAUAAAUUGAGGAACCAGACAAUAAGAACAUUAAAGUAAGUUUAUUCUAAAAUGGGGUCUAAUUCUAUAAUGUUCAGAUUCCCAUGUUAAUAAACCUUAAGUUGAAAAAUCCAAAUGUUCUUAGCCAAAAACCUACCAAACAAAAAGACACAACUUAUACACUCCACCAUUUGUUAUUCAAAAUAAACAUUAUAUGAUCAACAAUAAUUAGACUCGUUUCUGAAGCUCCAAAUUCCAAGAAAAGUAUGGUCAAUUUGAAGUCUUGGUUUCUACUUGCAAUUCUUUAUGUGUUUCUAUGUACAGCAUCAUCAGCAACAGUGGAAUUAGAUGCUAUAGAAUCUGUGCUAAGGCGUUUGCACAGCAAACAGGCACCACCAAUAGUGCAAGAAUCUGCAGCUAAGGGUGUUUUGCAGAGGCUACUUCCUGCCCAUUUGCACAGCUUUGAAUUCAAGAUUGUUUCCAAGGAUCUUUGUGGUGGAAGAAGCUGCUUUCGUAUAACCAAUUACAAGAGUUCAAGCAGAAAUUCACCUGAGAUAUUGAUUCAAGGAACUACAGCCGUUGAAAUCACAUCGGGGUUACACUGGUAUUUAAAGUAUAGGUGUGGUGCUCAUAUUUCAUGGGACAAGACAGGCGGUGUUCAGUUAGCUUCAGUUCCCAAGCCAGGAUCACUGCCUCUUGUAGAAGCAGAUGGAGUGACGAUCCAACGGCCAUUCAUUUGUUUGGUGGGAUUGGCAAAGGUGGGAGAAAGAAAUAGAUUGGAUGGCACUUCAAGGAAUCAACUUACCUUUAGCGUUUACGGGGCAAGAAGCUAUCUGGCAAAAAGUUUUCUUGGAUUAUAAUAUUACUAGCCAAGAUCUAAAUGAUUUCUUUGGUGGACCUGCCUUCCUGGCUUGGGCUCGCAUGGGAAACCUACACGCAUGGGGUGGACCUUUAUCUCAAAACUGGUUAAAUAUUCAGUUAGCAUUGCAGAAACAGAUAUUAUCUCGGAUGCAAGAGGUGGGCAUGACCCCAGUGCUUCCAUCAUUCUCUGGAAAUGUUCCAGCUGCUUUAAAAAAGAUAUUCCCGUCUGCAAAUAUUACAAGACUUGGGGACUGGAACACUGUUAAUGGUGACCCUCGAUGGUGUUGUACUUUUCUCCUUGCCCCUUCCGAUCCUUUAUUUAUUGAAAUUGGAGAGGCAUUUAUCCGGAAACAGAUUGAGGAAUAUGGAGACAUCACCAAUAUUUACAACUGUGAUACUUUCAAUGAGAACACUCCACCUACUGAUGAUCCGACAUAUAUUUCAUCUCUCGGGUCUGCUGUGUACAAAGCAAUGUCAAAAGCAGAUAACAAUGCGGUGUGGUUGAUGCAA